CCAUUGUCAUAGACUACAUGCGUGAAACAAAGACAUCUUUCUCGUUUACUAUUACUAAUGGUUUUCAAUCCCCAGAAUAUUCAAACGAAAAGUUUCAGUAAGCCGAUGUAUAUGAAGUUUUAUGGACUACUGAAGUACAAAGUCACAUUUUUUGUUUUUGCAGGACAACAUCUGGUUAAUAAGGGUUCUUAAGAAACAUUUUCAUACCAUGGAUGAAACUAGUUAUAACAAUGAACCAGGAUGCCAUAGAAGGAAGCGUCAGCUCAGUGAUGGUGACCCAGAUGCCUAUGACUUCAUGCCACUGUCGAAAAGAAUAAACAAUCUCCACCUGAAUGGCACUAAUUUAAAUUCAGAAACUUCACAGACUCCUGUAGGAGCCUCUGUGUGUGAAUGUCGCCUACAGCCCAGUACUUCCAGCAGUGUGAUCCAGUGUUCUCUGUGCAACCCCAAUCUCUAUGGAAUUACUCGGCAAGCUUUGCCUCUACCUGAUCUGUUAAACAUUCCUAAUGAAAUUAUGAUGUCACGUGAGCGAAGCCUGAUGAAUCAUGAUGAUCAUCAUUCUAUUCACGAUGAAACAUAUUCACCAGAUAUGGAUGUUCACUCAAAUCCCCAUUACUACACUCCUAACAAACUGCUAUUUGACUUACAUAUUGAACGAGUCAAGAGACAUGGAAUCCUUUUUAAGCCCAACAAGUAUGAUGGCUGAACAUUCAGUUACAUAAACUUAUUUACUUCUCAUUUAUUUUUUGUUUUAACAUACCACAAUUUAAGGAUAUCAUUUUACCAUCGCUAGUCAGUUAAUACACAGAAAUUGAUUU